CUGGGGGAGCCGCCCCCGCGCCCUCCCGCGGGUUCCCACGCUCUUAUCUCCGGGCGCUGCCCCGCAGCACCCCCCAGACCGGAAGCCUCGCGCACCCCCUCCUCCCAGCCCAGCCCUGCAAGCCCGUUCGGAGGUCGCAGCUAGUCCGCCACGAUGGACGCCGCCGCUCACUUCGUGGUGGACAGCCCGGACGUGGUGUACAGCCCCGAGGCCAUCGAGGCCCAGUACGACUACCGGACCACCAGCGUCCGCCGGGAGGGCGGCGUCCUCAAGGUGCGCCCCACGUCCACGCGGUUCUCCUUCCGGACCGUCCGGCAGGUGCCCCGGCUCGGGGUCAUGCUGGUCGGCUGGGGCGGGAACAACGGCUCCACGCUGACCGCCGCCGUGCUGGCCAACCGACUGCGCCUGUCCUGGCCCACGCGCAGCGGCAGCAAGGAGGCCAACUACUACGGCUCGCUGACGCAGGCGGGCACGGUCAGCUUGGGCCUGGACGCCGAGGGCCGGGAGGUGUUCGUGCCCCUAAGCACCGUGCUACCCAUGGUGGCUCCCAACGACCUCCAGUUCGACGGCUGGGACAUCUCGUCGCUGAACCUGGCCGAGGCCAUGCGCCGAGCGCAGGUGCUGGACUGCGGGCUGCAGGAGCAGCUGUGGGCGCACAUGGAGACGCUGCGCCCCCGGCCCUCCGUCUACAUCCCGGAGUUCAUCGCUGCCAACCAGUGCACGCGCGCCGACAACGUAAUCCCGGGCACGCGCGCUGAGCAGCUGGAGCAGAUUCGCAGCGACAUCCGGGACUUCCGGUCCAAGGCCGGCCUGGACAAGGUCAUCGUGAUGUGGACGGCGAACACGGAGCGCUUCUGCGAAGUGGUCUCGGGCCUCAACGACACAGCCGAGAACCUGCUCCGCACCAUCCAGCUGGGCCUGGAGGUGUCACCUUCCACAUUGUUCGCCGUGGCCAGCAUCCUCGAGGGCUGCGCCUUCCUCAACGGGUCCCCGCAGAACACGCUGGUGCCCGGCGCGCUCGAGCUGGCCAGUCAGCACCGGGUCUUCGUGGGCGGGGACGACUUCAAGUCAGGUCAGACCAAGGUCAAGUCUGUGCUGGUGGACUUCCUGAUUGGCUCGGGCCUCAAGACUAUGUCCAUUGUGAGCUACAACCACCUGGGCAACAACGACGGGCGCAACCUGUCGGCGCCGCCGCAGUUCCGCUCCAAGGAGGUGUCCAAGAGCAGCGUGGUGGACGACAUGGUGCACAGCAACCCAGUCCUCUACUCGCCCGGCGAGGAGCCAGACCACUGCGUGGUCAUCAAGUACGUGCCUUAUGUGGGUGACAGCAAGCGCGCUCUGGAUGAGUACACGUCGGAGCUGAUGCUGGGCGGCACCAACACGCUGGUGCUGCACAACACGUGCGAGGACUCGCUGCUGGCCGCGCCCAUCAUGCUGGACCUGGUGCUGCUGACCGAGCUGUGCCAGCGCGUGAGCUUCUGCACGGACAGCGACCCCGAGCCUCAGGGCUUCCACCCGGUGCUGUCCCUGCUCGCCUUCCUCUUCAAGGCACCUCUGGUGCCGCCGGGCAGCCCCGUGGUCAAUGCGCUCUUCCGCCAGCGCAGCUGCAUUGAGAACAUUAUCAGGGCCUGCGUGGGGCUCCCGCCGCAGAACCACAUGCUCUUGGAGCACAAAAUGGAGCGCCCGGCCGCCUUCGCGCCUGCUGCGGUGCAAGGUGACGCCCGUCCGCUGUCUGUCAAGAAGGAAGUGGCCGCCGACCCCAACGGGCUCCCGCAGGACAUGGUGCCUGAGACAACCACCAACUGAGGUCCUGGCUCUGCAUCCCCCUCUCCCAGACACCCCAAUAAAGCCAGUGCCUCU